AUGUUUUCCUCGUCCGGUCUCUUUGAUGGCAUACGUUGUCCGUUUUUAAAACGAGGGCUUUGCGAGCGGCCUUACUGUCUGUACAAACAUGCCACGGAGUUGCGGGACGCGUUUGGUGCCUCGUGUCAUUCGUCGACGGUUGACGUUGCAGGAGAGCAAACUGGUUAUCCAUCGAAUGAUGAGACUAAAGAUGACUCCCUCCAGGAGCUGGAGCGAAUCAACAAGGAGAUUGAAACCGUGAGGCACGAGGUGGAACAUGAGCAGAGGCGACUGUCCCGCUACCAGACCGUACUGGCAGACAGCAUAAAAACUGCACCCAAUUACUCAGUUUCCAAGUCCGAGACUGGGGUUAAAAAUGUAGAUGGAGGCACUUAUGGGCUGUCGUCACGCGCAGACUCUACUAGAACGUACUCCCGAGCCAGGAAGUACGUGGUUGACAACUCGAAACCAAGGACUGAUUUGGAGUAUGACCCUCUGUCCAACUUUUCUGCUGGCUUGCGAUCUGGCAGCUCAUCGGGCAAAGAGCAAAAAGUGAAAAAUGGGCAAGGUUUGAAAAGGAACGCUGUACCUUGCGACCAAAAGAAGCCAGUCGCACAUCAGUCUCUGCUUUCCCAGUCUCCAUCUCCAGAGCCACUGGAUGACUCUAAUGAAGACGGUGUCCUGAUUAUUGACAUUCCUCCCUCUCCGGACAAAAAGAGAGCGAAAGCUCCGAAUCCUGUCGAUUUUGUUGCUGGCAAAUCCCUCCAGGACAAAGUGGAGAAGGUCGAAACGGAGCCCGUUUUACGUCUAAAUGCAGAUGCAUCAACUCCCCCGUCAUCGACAUUUGAGAAAAAUGGAGAAAACGAUCAAGCUCCAGAUACUAACUCGAACUCGCCGUGCAGACAACAUGCCGAGCAGGUCCAGACAGCAGAUCAGGACCGGGUUAGCAGUCCGUGGUCUUCAGCGCUGCCACAAAGCCAGAAUACGUCGAUCAAAAUGCAAGGAUGGUUUCAGGGUAAAGCCGCUGCACCUGAAAGCUACCCGGUGCCGGCAGAACCACUUUCAGUCCAUUCGUCUGCGUCAAGUUUGGCAAUCGCAGCUGAAUUAUCGUCCGCAUCAACUGGACAGCUUUUCGUGACUGACGAUAAUGAAGAAGUUAUAGUCAUUCCGUCCAGCUCGGAUGAAGAGGAGCUUAACUACUCUGAAAUGGAGCUGUCCGACAGUGAUCCGAUGGAGGAAUGCUACAGGAUCUUCAUGGAGGCCAAUGAGGAUAAGGGAAAUGAGGAGCAGCCUGACGCGUCUGUUGGCGCUGUAGAUGUGGAGAAGCCAAAGUUAAACGUCAAACCCCAAGCAUUGCCAGGAAAGAAGAGGGUGGCUCAUGAUGCCAAACAUACAGAGCAGCCAGUGGUUAAGAGCAGACCUCAGCCCCAGGUGCUGGUUCCCCUGCGUGCGCCAGCAGUGUCAGGAUUUGCCUCCCAGCCCUCCAGCACCUCUAAGAUCCAGCAGGUACAGCAGAGAGCCUCCAUGCUGACUGCUUCAGUCAAAGCUGGUCAGGCCUUUGUUGUUUCCUCCGCCUGUCAGAGGAAGCCAGAGACCCAGAGUGCAUCUUUUCCUUUAACUCAAACCCCUGAAAACCUGCAGCCUGCUCCUGUACAACAUGCGCACAUGAACUACAUAUCUUUGGGAACUGCCGUGAUCGGGGCGGACAACAACUUGCACUUGAUCCUCCCAGAGGGCAUCUUCCCUCUGCCUGGCACCUCCAGUUCCAGCCAAGUUACGUCGGUGCUUACCCCGAUCAGUCAAGUGCAUACGAGCACGCUCGCCGUGAGACAGAUGUACCAUCCAGCUGCAGUUAUGCCUCUGCAAAGAUACCGCACAACGGCGCCUGUGCUCAUUCCUGCGCCGGCACGUAAACCUUCGCUGGCCUCGGCCUUUGCAUCGUCACAUUCGAGUCCAGCUGCUUUCGCCGCGCCUCAAGCUGCUGUCCAUACCGCUGUUAAGGCUGUGACGACUAAACGUAGACUGAAGCAGUGCGAGGCCGCCAAGGAGAAAGUGCCCCAUGAAAUCCGACAGCGUUAUGUCAACAUGUUUACGGAGGAGUUCCUCAAGACGACAGAAAACGUUAAUGAGGCUUUUGAAAAGGCUCUUGCGGAAGAGAAGGCCGUGUACAAUCGCAGCGUGAACAAACUCAAGUAUCUGAGUGUUGCCGUGAACGCACUGAAGAGGCUGAAGAACCAAAGUGCUGUUACGGCUAAAGAUGAAAAUGAAGUCAAAAGCCAACAAUACAAAGGCAACAUUUCACUUGAUCCUGAGUUUAAAGGAAACGAUGAUAUGGCGUUGUAUGAGAUUUUGAGGGACUAUGUUUUGACUGAGGAAAAGCUGGUUGAGAGCAACUAUCCUGUCCAGCACCCAGAGAAACCCGGUUCUUGUGUUCUUUUUAUUGACGUUAAGAAAGGCAGCGCAGACCCCCUCAAGAGAAUUUGCUGUCGCUGUGGAUCCACGUACUCCGUGAACCAAAUGGGCAAACACAUCCGUAAGGAGGAGUGUAAUUACCACUAUGGGAAAGGGGUCACAGAAAAAGUGCCAGGUGGCGUUGAGACGCGCUACAGUUGCUGUGAGGGCGUCAUGGGAGCUCCUGGAUGUCAAGUGUUUCAGGUGCAUGUCCAUGACUCCAUCAGCAUGGAUGGGUUUGUUUCGACUGUCCCCAGACAUCCCUCAGAUACCAGCUGUCCCGGGGUCUACUCUUUGGAUUGUGAAAUGUGUUAUACCAUUCAUGGUCUGGAGCUGUCGAGAGUGACUGUUGUCAACUCUAGUGUGCAAGUCGUCUACGACACCUUCAUCAGACCCGAUAAUGAGGUCAUUGACUAUAACACCAGGUUUUCAGGCAUCUGUGAGGAAGAUGUGAAGGGUAACCGCACCUCCCUCAGAGAGGUGCAGGAGACCUUGUUGAGCUUCGUCAGCGCCGACACCAUUCUGAUUGGACACGGCCUGGAAACAGACCUCUGUGCCCUGAAGUUGCUCCAUGGGACAGUGAUAGACACAUCGGUGGUGUUCCCUCACCGUCUGGGCCUCCCUCACAAGCUGACCCUCAACAACCUCACAGCCGACUACCUCAGGAGGAUCAUCCAAGAGAGUGUUUGUGGCCAUGACACUGAGGACGAUGCUGCUGCCUGCAUGGAGCUUAUGUUAUGGAAAGUCAAAGAAGAAGGAAAAGUGAAGAAAAUAUGGAUAUAAUACAUGAUGAUCACUAAACUGGGCAUACAUGAGAAGGAAAAAAAGGAACAGUCGCUGUUAUGCAUAUUUGAAUGUCACAUCUAUUUGUGUUCCGAUGACAUGGGAGGGCUGUGUAUUUUUUCGUUUGUUUACCUCACUUAAUUUUGUGUUUACAGUAAUACCUGUGUUUUAAGUUUUGAUUUACAGCCUUUGUCCAUAAAUAUUAGUGAAGGUCUGAGGGGUGGGGUGUUGUCAGUAUUAUCCAAGUAAAGGCACGUAAUGAAA